AUGACCGUGCAACGCCCGUCGUGGCCGCCGCUGUACUUCCCGCACUUCCACGGCACCGAGCCCUUGCCGCGGCCGGCCGGCGGAGCCUGGGCCCCGCUGGCCGCGCUGUGCUGGCCCUGGCAGCCGCUGCCGGCCGCGGCCCGACCGCCCCGCUACGACGCGCUGCCCGCUCCAGCGGCGCCGGAGCCGCCGCGCCUGGGCCGCCCCCCGGGAGCGCCGCGGCCCCCGGAGCUGGCCCGGCUGCGGCUGCAGGAGGAGAUGUGCGAGCUGGGCAUCCGCCUUAAGGAGCUGGAGCUGGCGGCGCUAAUCGGCGACGGCUUCGACGCCAGGCAGUAUAAAAUUCUGAAGGCACUGGAAGAAAAGAAAAUACAAAGCAUGAAAGCAAUGCAGAACCUGAAGUAA